GUUUAUAUUCCAGAUCCAGGUUUCACUAUUGUGAAUAUCAUUGACUUUCAUAUGUGGAGUGAAUUAAACGUCAAUUUGCACACGUCAUUCGAAUCUUUAAUGGUCAACACCGGGCCCAUCCAAAAACAGUAGAAAUGAGUGCUUUGUUUAACUUCCAAAGCCUGCUGACAGUCAUAUUGCUGAUGAUAUGCACCUGCGCGUAUUUGCGCUCGCUGUUUCCCAACAUUAUGGACCGGAACAAGACUGGAAUGCUGGGGAUAUUCUGGAAACUAGCUAGGAUUGGCGAGAGGAAGUCACCCUAUGUUGCGUGUGCGUGCGUUCUAAUGGCGUUAUCCAUUCUGUUUUGGUCGUAAUUUGUUAAGCUUAUACACAAAAUAAAACCUCAUUCCAAAGUG